AUGGGUCCGUGGCGGGGAUUAAGCACGAGAUGUGCUGAUUUAGGUAAGUGGAAACCAAAGCGAAGGAAAGUGCGUUGUAGGUGGGGACACCUUCGAGCCUUGGCAGAGGCGGGACGUGGCCACUGCAGGACUAAGGAGACCCUGGUGCAGGGCCUGCGUUCUGUGCCCUGGGGUGAUCUUUGGCUGACUGCUGCUCCCUUUUUGUCUUUUCUUCUCCCUCCUGCCCCUCUCCUGCCAGCGGUGGUCCUCGGCCUGCCCAGCACCCGGGCCACCGAGUCCUGCUUGCGCGCCUGCCCGGCCGCCUGCAGCUGCAGCAACGCGGAGCGCGGCUGCUCCGUGCGCUGUGACCGCGCGGGGCUGCUGCGGGUGCCCGCCGAGUUCCCGUGCGAGGCGGCCUCCAUCGACCUGGACCGCAACGGCCUGCGCAUCCUGGGCGAGCGCGCCUUCGGCACGCUGCCGUCGCUGCACCGCCUGUCGCUGCGCCACAACAACCUUUCCUUCAUCACGCCCGGCGCCUUCAAGGGUCUGUCCUGGUUGGCCGAGCUGCGCCUGGCGCACAACGGCGACCUGCGCUACCUGCACGCACGCACCUUCGCCGCGCUCGGCCGCCUGCGACACCUCGACCUGGCCGCCUGUCGCCUGUUCAGCCUGGAGCUGCUCUACUUGGACCGCAACAGCAUCGCCUUCGUGGAGGAGGGCGCCUUCCAGAACCUCUCGGGCCUCCUGGCGCUGCACCUCAACGGCAACCGCCUCACCGUGAUCUCCUGGGCCGCCUUCCAGCCCGGCUUCUUCCUGGGCCGCCUCUUCCUCUUCCGCAACCCGUGGCGCUGCGACUGCCACCUGGAGUGGCUGCGGGACUGGAUGGAGGGCUCCGGCCGCGUCGCCGAUGUGCCGUGCGCCUCCCCGGGCUCCGUGGCCGGCCUGGACCUCAGCCAGGUGGCCUUCGAGCGCUCCUCCGAUGGCCUGUGCAUGGACCCUGCGGAGCUGAACCUCACGGCGCCUAGUGCGGGCCCAUCCCUGGAGCCGGUGGCCACCACCGUGAGCAGGUUCAGCAGCCUCCUGUCCAAGCUGCUGGCCCCGAGGGUCCAGGUGGAGGAGGCGAUGAACACCACAGCUGGGCUGGCCAACGCCUCGCUGUCCUACACCCUCCCCUCCCGUGGGGUUGGGAACUCGGGCUGCAAGGACCCGUUUUUCUUUGCCUCUUGUCUCCUGCUCAGCAUGGCCCGGCAUGUGACAUUUGGCCUGCAGAGGCACUGACACUGUCACUUUGGGGUGGCCCAAAGUGCUUUGGCCAAAGGGGGAAACUUGGGCUUAGGGAACAGGAUGAGGGCCAGUUGUGAAAAUUCUACUGGAGGACGGGAGAGUUUGCCUUCACGGAUGGCCCUAGGCAGAGAAGAGCCCUGGGACUUGGCACCAGGUCGGGGGUGGUUGUGGACUUCUGCCCCUCUCGUAUGGGCAUCCUUUGGAAAGGAGAAACAAGAAUGACGGUGGGCCGGUGGGUUCAAGGCUGAGCACUGGGGGUCUCUAGGGCUCCACCCCACCCCUCUCCCGUCUUCCAGGAAACCGUGCAUGCGAUGUCAGAGUUGGAGGCAGUCCAUGGCUAGGAACGAUCAACUGUGCCAAUUCUCCUCCUGGGGUAACCCAUUAAGUCCAAUCGUUUGUUUUCUACCAAAUAAUCCUCCUUCACCUCCUCCUCCCUUGCCUCCUCCUCCUCCGCCUCCCCUCCCCCCAGAUAUCUGCCUGGGAAGGUUAGGGCUCAGGAAGGUGGGUAGGACAAGACAGAAGGGAGAUGGGAGAGACUUACACGGAAGUGCAUGCAGGGUGGUUCCUGGGAUCUGAGAUGUGUUAAGAGGCAAUUAAGACAAAGACCCAUCUUACUUACUCCAUAUUUAUUUCAGGGAUGCCCUUAGCCACAAAAGAACUUUAGGGCAGCAGGGUGUGUUUGUAGACAAAUAAAUCUGUAAAAUCCUAAAAUUAUAAAAGACCCCAACAAAUUUCCAGUCUUUUGGGAGAUUGAGGCGGGAAGACGGCAAGUCCCAGGCCAGCAUGAGCAAUUUAGCAAGACCCUGUCUCAGAUUUUGAGAAAGGCCUGGGGAUGCAGCUCAGUGUGUGUAUGGAGGUGGUGGAACUUCAAUCCCCAGUGUGUGUAUGGAGGUGGUGGUGGUGGAACUAUGGUUAAACCAGUUUCUCUACUGUAGGACUUUUAGCCUUUCAUAUGCGAAUGUGCACUGUGAAUCUGAGGAGGCCACAAAAUCCUCUUUGUUUACUGUUUUGUGGGAAGAGUGUUUAGAAGACAGAGGCAUUAUGAGGUGUGGAAAUUGUUGUGAGCCGCAUGCUUUGGGGCUAAUGGUGAGAGGGAAGCAGGGUGGGAAGAAAGGCAGGGAUACCUCAGGGUGGUGGCUGACCAGCUAUAAGCCCCCAGGCCUGCUCGCCAGAACAAGGCUGACCAGCACCUGUGGCGAGCAUUCCGGGCCUCUGAGUGUGCAGUAUCUGAGCACAGGGCUGCCAGAUCUCACUGCAGGGGCCCCAGUAGCUCAGCUUUUCUCAGGGUUGCAGUGGAAGUGAGCAGAGGUUGACUGGUCGGCCUUCAGGUCAGCAGCCCUUUGGGCCCGGAUGCAAGUAUAGGCUUUGCAGGCUGCCUUCUAAAUGCUGGCUGGGAGCUCAGGGUGUAGCUCAGUGGUAGAGCACUUGCCCAGCAUGCGCAAGGCCCUGGACUCCAGCCCCAGCGUGGCCCCCCGCCCCGCCCCGCCGGUGCGGGCCCUUCCACCUUCCCACACCCAUCUCUCUAGUCGGCAGCAGAGCCGUCCUGACUGGUCACAACAGGCACAGGUUCCUUACAGGCCACGAGGCAGUCAAGGCAACAGCAGUGCCGUAUGUCUCUCAGUACUUGCUCCAGCUGUUCCCUACACCAUGUGCAGUGAUAACUGCGUGUGUGAACAGUUUGGAAAUCUGCGAUCUGAAAUGUCCCGACUUCCUUCCUCACUUCGUAUUUGGAGAGGUGAAUUUGCAAAACGCACACAGAUUCAGGGUUCACCACGCCGUCAGUUUUUUAUAGCAACAGUUCCUCCUCCUCCUUCCUCUUCCUCUCUCUUUUUAAUGGU